UAUAUUUCUAAUUGCAGCCACACUGAUAACAUCUUGGUGGACAAACAAAACACGAAGUAAAAUAGUUUCUAUUUCUUCAUAAAGUGAAGAAAAUAAUUAUUUAACGUACCAAUGAUUGAUGACGAGGCUGUGAACAAUGCAAAGGAAAGGCUGCGUCAGGAGAUUGCCGAUUUAACAGCUCAAUUAAAUGCCAAAAAGCAGAGACUGCGAGAUUUGGAGGCAACAACUAAAGAUGUUGAUGACGACAGUAAUGCAGUGAGUCCAAAACAAAACCAAAGACCGUUAACCAACGAUGACAUUGCGCGCUACAGUCGACAGCUGAUCUUGCCCGGCUUUGGUGUGGCCGGUCAGCUGAAGCUAAAGACCAGCUCAGUGCUAAUUGUUGGCGCUGGUGGCUUGGGAUGUCCAGCGGCACAAUAUUUGGCUGGCGCUGGCUGUGGUCAUGUCGGACUGGUCGAUUAUGAUCGCGUCGAUAAGAGCAAUUUGCAUCGACAAACACUGCACACAAUCACACGCAUUGGCAUGGACAAAACGGAAUCUGCCAAGAUUGCAUUGGAAGAGUUGAAUCCACAUUGUCGCAUCUCAUGUCAUACUCGAUUACUCAGUAGAUUCACAGCCAUGCACAUCAUACGCGACUACGACGUCGUGCUGGACUGCAGUGACAAUGUGGCCACACGUUACUUGCUCAAUGAUGCUUGUGUGAUGCUUCGCAAACCACUUGUCUCGGGAAGUGCCCUCAAAUUGGAUGGCCAACUAACCGUCUACAAUUUUGGCGUUACGGGUCCAUGCUAUCGCUGUAUUUAUCCUGUACCGCCGCCACCUGAGGCAGUCACUAAUUGUGGAGAUGGAGGUGUUUUGGGUGCCGUGACCGGGACCAUUGGAUCGCUGCAAGCGCUGGAGGCCAUUAAGAUCAUAGUGGGGCUAGGCGAUGUCUUAGCUGGACGGCUGCUCAUUUUUGAUGGCAGCACAUUGCAGUUUCGUAACAUCCGCAUACGCAGCAAGCGUGAAAAUUGUCAUAUCUGCUCUCCCCAGCCGCUUAUCACGGAACUUAUCGACUAUGAGCAGUUUUGUGGCAUGCAUGCCACCGACAAGGAUAGUCCACUGCAACUCCUUGAACCGGAGCAACGUAUCGAUGCUAUGGAUUACAAGGCUCUGCAGCAACAACAGCCAGCACAUUUACUCAUCGAUGUACGUCAGCCGGCGGAGUUUGAGAUCUGCCAGCUGCCUUCAGCAGUUAAUGUUCCAUUGGCUCAAAUUCUGGACGACAGUUAUCUGAAGCAGCUGGGCUCACAGUUGGAUAGCAAGGAGUUGCCCAUAGUAGUAUUGUGUAGGCGGGGCAACGAUUCUCAGAUCGCUGUGCAGCACAUGAGAAAUCGGUUCCCAGAUCAUUCCAUACGCGACUUGGAGGGUGGACUUCAUGCGUGGUCCAGUCAAGUUGAUCCCAGUUUUCCUACUUACUAACAAUACAUAUAAUAUAUAUGUAUAUAUUUCUCUCUUAUUUCUUUAUGACAAUUUUCUACGCAAUUUUAUAGUUCAUUCAUUAUAUUAAAUGGAUUUGGCCAAAGUGGAACUUGGUUAUUGAAAACUAAUUUUUCUUUUCAACUUUUGCGAUAUUUUAUAUAAGAAUAU